AUGUUUAGUCGCCCGUCGUGUUUACAAGGCCGUCGACAUGGCGAGCGCAACGAUGAUUGGUCCGCUUUCCCUGUACGGCAACUCUUCGUGCUAGCGCUAUGUCGCAUCUGCGAGCCAAUCGCAUUCAUGUCCAUAUUCCCCUAUGUCUAUCAGAUGGUUGAGUCCUUCCACGUGACAGACAAUGAUCGCAAGAUUGCUUUAUAUGCGGGGAUGAUCACUUCGUCAUUCACAUUCGCCGAAUUUUCCGCCGGUAUGUUUUGGGGUCGCAUGAGUGACAGGAUUGGCAGGAAACCCGUCUUGGUCAUGGGUCUGAUCGGAACUGCCAUCAGCAUGAUCGUGUUCGGAUUCGCUCCCAACCUGGCGACUGCCAUGGUCGCCCGGGCCCUGGGAGGUCUUCUGAAUGGUAACAUCGGAGUCCUCCAAACGACCGUUGCGGAGAUAGUCACAGUCAAAGAGCACCAACCCCGGGCCUAUUCUAUCAUGCCCUUCGUCUGGUGCUUAGGUUCGAUCAUAGGACCCGCCAUGGGUGGUGCGUUGGCACAGCCCUGCGACAAUUACCCUUGGCUGUUCCAGCGUGGAACCAUUUUCGACAGUUUCCCAUUUCUGCUGCCCAACUUGGUCUGUGUUGUCGUCCUCUCGUCCGGUAUCAUUGUCGGCUUGUUGUUUUUGGAGGAGACCCAUCCCGAGAAGAGGAACCGCCGCGACCCGGGCUUGGAGUUAGGCAAUUGGCUGGUCAACAAGUUCAAGGGAUCCCGCGACCAUCUUGCCGAGGAAUUGGACGUCAAGGCGGAAACUACCGGCGAUGAUUACUUCGUCUACGACGAUGUUCCACCCCCCGAAUACAGGAGUGCUGAGUCUUCUCCUCGUCUGGGUCCGAUGAAAGAAUCAGAUGAUCUCUCUACGGAUGACGACAUUGAGGGGCAGAUGAAAGGGCAGAAGCCCAAGGCUUUCACAAAACAAGUGAUCUUCAACAUCAUCGCCUAUGGGAUUCUCGCAUACCAUAGUGUUUCGUUCGACCAACUCAUGCCGGUCUUUCUCAGCACUCCUGCAUCCACUGACGCCGCUUCGCUUCCUCUAAAGUUUACCGGAGGUCUGGGACUGGCAACUAAGAAGAUCGGGUUUAUGCUUGCAGUCCAAGGUGUAUACUCGAUGAUUGCUCAGCUUUGGUUGUUUCCCUUCGUUGUCCGUCGUUUUGGUACACUCAGGGUUUUCCGCUUCGUGUUGCUGGUGUGGCCCCCAUUGUACUUCAUGGUCCCCUACCUCAUCCUUCUGCCGGAGAAGCUCCAGCUUGCUGCGGCCUAUCUGGCUCUGAUCAGCAAGAUCACUCUACAUGUCAUCGCAUUCCCCGCUACGGCAAUUCUGCUGGCCAAUGCUGCUCCAUCUUCUAAGGUGCUUGGCUCCAUCAACGGCGCCGCAGCCUCCACUGCCAGUUUGAGCCGCGCCUUUGGCCCGACUAUUACCGGCUUAUUGCACUCAAAAGGUCUUGAGAGUGGGUACUCUGUGCUGGCAUGGUGGGCUUGCGGUCUUGUCUGCAUCAUUGGUGCCUUUGAGAGUUUCUGGAUGGAAGAGUCGGAGCGAGAAAAAGACAUGGAAAAGAAAACCCAACCCGAUGAUAUGUCCGAGGAUCAAAACAUGUUGCGGGGUUCGUUCAUGGUCGGGAAGGAGGACGGCACUCCCGAAGAGGCACGGAGAUUGCUCUCUUCCGCGCGGACAAGCAUCGAUGAGCUGGACGUUCCCCCUCAUGUUGACUCAGCGCAAUUAGGCGCUCCUGAGUCUUAA